UGUGGUGAGGGGCGCUGUGGAAUAAUAGCGCGUACGUUUAUUCCUGCGCCGGGGGGGAGGGAACAUGAUGAUGGCCGGCGGAGCGGCGGAUCAUAACGGGGUCUUCUCAAGCCCCGACCUGCGCAACCCGCAGCAGCAGCCCCACAUGGAGUCGGAUCCCACCGACUCCCGCAAGCGACCGCUGGAAACCCCGGCCGAGGAGGCCGGCUGUACCAAGCGCACCAACACGGGAGAGGAGGGUGAGUACUUCCUGAAGGUGCUGAUCCCCAGCUAUGCAGCCGGCUCUAUAAUUGGCAAGGGCGGGCAGACCAUCGUACAACUGCAGAAAGAGACGGGUGCCACCAUCAAGCUGUCCAAAUCCAAAGAUUUCUACCCAGGAACAACAGAACGUGUGUGCUUGAUACAAGGCACAGUCGAGGCACUCAAUGGCGUCCACAACUUCAUUGCAGAGAAAGUCCGCGAGAUGCCCCAGAGCGCUCAGAAAACUGAACCCGUCAGCAUAUUGCAACCACAGACCACCGUCAACCCUGACCGCGUCAAACAGGCUAAACUGAUAGUACCCAAUAGCACUGCUGGUCUUAUCAUUGGCAAAGGUGGCGCCACUGUAAAAGCAGUGAUGGAGCAGUCGGGGGCUUGGGUGCAGCUCUCCCAGAAGCCAGAGGGCAUCAACCUGCAGGAGCGUGUGGUUACCAUCAGUGGAGAGCCUGAGCAGAACCGCAAGGCCGUGGAAAUCAUAGUGCAGAAGAUCCAGGAGGACCCCCAGAGUAGCAGCUGCCUCAACAUCAGCUAUUCCAACAUCUCCGGCCCAGUCGCCAACUCCAACCCCACCGGUUCCCCCUACGCUAACUCCGCUGAGGUGCUGCCCAAUGCAGCCGCUGCAGCUGCCACUGCCUCCAGCCUCCUAGGUCAAGCCGGCCUGACAGGAAUGGGCGCCUUCCCAGCCGCCAUGUCCAGCUUUUCUGGCAAUGAUCUGCUGGCCAUCACCUCAGCCCUCAACACACUGGCCAGCUACGGCUACAACACUAACACCUUGGGCCUGGGCCUCAACCCUGCAGCCGCAUCUGGAGUCCUCGCUGCUGUGGCGGCCAGCGCUAAUCCAGCUGCGGCAGCGGCGGCUAACCUCCUGGCGUCCUACGCAAACGACGCCUCCAGCAGUGCCGGCCACCCUGCGGCAGGCCUGGGUGGGUUCUCCCUAGGUUCUUUAGCUGCUGCCACAGGGGCUUCCAACGGUUACCUAAAUGCUUCAUCCCCAUUGAUGGCGUCCUCGCUACUGGCGACAGAGAAGCUAGCUGAUGGCGCCAAGGACGUGGUUGAGAUUGCCGUGCCCGAGAAUUUGGUGGGAGCCAUUUUGGGGAAAGGAGGGAAAACGCUGGUAGAGUACCAGGAGCUAACGGGCGCCCGCAUCCAGAUCUCCAAAAAGGGCGAAUUCAUUCCUGGUACGCGGAACCGUAAAGUUACCAUAACAGGGUCGCCAGCCGCUACACAAGCAGCGCAGUAUCUGAUCAGCCAGCGGAUCACAUAUGAGCAAGGCGUGCGCGCUACUAACCCACAAAAGGUUGGCUAAAAGGGAAAAAUAAGAGGAAAGAGAGAAAGGAUGAAGACAGAGGUAGUAGGGAAUCAAGAGAGUCACCGAUGGGGGUUUGAAAAAAAAAAAAAAAAAAAGAGAAACGUCCAAAUAUCUGUUCAAUAUUUCAGUAUCAAAUGAGAGAAUCAAAAAGGAGGAGGUGGGGGAGACAACCAAGAUAAGUGUGUGUGAUAUGUGAAUGUGUUUUUAGGACCGAUGUCCUGAUGUUUUUUAAAAGUUUGUGUCGAGUCCUUUUGAUGACGGUGAUCAGAGUAAGCUGAACUGGUUCACUGCCAAGUUGCAGAUCCAAGGGUGAGGACCUCACGUUUUCACCCUCCUCCAAAACCUCAUAGCUGUUUUUUCUUGUUUUGGGUCUUUUUUCUUUUCUUUUUUUUUCCUUUGGUUGAUUUGAUUUUUUUUUUUCCAGUCACAAAUCUCAGCUCCCGGUGAGUUGAGUGUCAGUUGAAGUUCCAGUCAGCUAACAGGGCUGUUUCACAAACCUUGCUCUUUGAAUACAACGCAGAUGGCGUUGUUCACACGGGAGGGGUCAUAUAAUGAGCACCUGAGGUCAUCUCAGACGAGCAAUCUCAAUUCAAUUUCUUUAAU